AUGUGUCCUAUUCCUCUGAUCUUCUCUUUAUUUUUUCCCUCACAGCGUGAAUGCAUCUCUGUUCAUGUUGGACAAGCUGGAGUUCAAAUUGGUAAUGCAUGCUGGGAGCUCUUCUGUCUGGAACAUGGCAUCCAGCCAGAUGGCACUUUCCAGACUGAACCCAACAAGUUUAAUGAUGAUGACUCUUUUACCACGUUCUUCAGUGAAACACGCACAGGGAAGCAUGUGCCACGAGCUGUUAUGGUGGACUUAGAACCCACAGUAGUAGAUGAAGUGCGGGCUGGCACCUACCGCCAGCUUUUCCACCCAGAGCAGCUGAUUGCUGGCAAGGAGGAUGCAGCUAAUAACUAUGCCCGUGGUCACUACACCAUUGGAAAGGAGAGUAUUGAUAUGGUACUCGAUCGUAUUCGCAAGCUGACAGAUUCCUGCUCUGGUUUACAAGGAUUCCUGAUUUUCCAUAGUUUUGGAGGAGGCACAGGUUCAGGCUUCACCUCUUUGUUGAUGGAACGCUUGUCCGUGGAUUAUGGCAAAAAGUCCAAAUUGGAGUUUGCUAUCUAUCCAGCCCCUCAAGUGUCCGUUGGCAUCAAUUAUCAGCCCCCAACCACAGUGCCUGGGGGUGACCUUGCUCAAGUGCAGCGAGCUGUGUGCAUGCUGAGCAACACCACUGCCAUUGCCGAGGCUUGGGCAAGGUUGGACCACAAGUUUGACCUGAUGUAUGCCAAGCGAGCCUUUGUGCAUUGGUAUGUGGGUGAAGGCAUGGAGGAAGGAGAGUUUUCCGAGGCCCGGGAAGAUUUAGCUGCAUUGGAGAAAGACUAUGAGGAAGUUGGAACAGAUUCUUUUGAAGAAGAAAAUGAUGGAGAAGAAUUUUGA